AUGAUCUUCUCCAAGCUAAUCUCGUUAACACCGGUAGAGGAGGCAGUUGAUGAGCUCAGAACGAAAUUUCGUCACUCACAAGAUAUCAUGAAACCGAUUGAAAAGCUGUUCAAGAAAAGCUCCAAAAAGAAGGUUAUUAAUAAUGACGAGUGGCAACAUGUGGACUUGGACAAGUACUACACCUUGAAUCUCUACAUGCCGCCAGAGGAAGUUGGAUACGGUUGGAUCAAAACUGCUGCGAAAGCAAGAGAGAGAAAUAAACACGAUCUCUUCCACAUUCUUUGCAAAGAGCGAAUUGGCUCAAAAAACUACGAUGCUAUCUCAAAGAUUAACUCGGAUCACGGUGUUUUGGAGGCCAGUCUUGGUGAUAUUGAAGAGCAACACGUCAAAGUGUGGAUGGGAAAAAUGAGAAUCAAAUUCAGUUUUAACGAGAGGACCAAAGGACCAAUCAGAUUCGAUUUUGACCGUAUCGUCCGGGAUUACUACGAGACCUUCAUAAUCGUGGAGAGAUGCCUUAAGGAACAAAAUUGUCUGACCAAGUUUCAGAUUUUGGAUGCUUUCUACCACAGACUCAACGCUGUUGUCGUUUUCCUUUUGAUCGAAGUAUGCGAGGCUCAAAUGAAGUACGGUGGCUUCGAUUCAUCUGAUGAGCACAGAAAAGAAGUCUACCAAUUGUCCACUUUCAUCAUCGCCGCGUUGCUUAUGUACAAGAAAGUCACAACUAUUGUGAACGAUAACCGAGAAAAAGAGCGUACCGCGUUGGGCGAGAACAAUCCUAAUUAUGUUGGAUGUGACAUUUUUGCAUUUGUUUUUCCCGAAUCUACCACUUUUUACUCUCGCCCCAAGCUCAUCACCUCUUCAACGGCAUCAUGCAGUUUUCAGGAAGUCGACAAUGUUCAAGUUUACUUUAGUUAG